AUGGCGGGUAACUCGAACAGAUUGUGCGACCAAAUACAAAGAUGGCUGCUGGAGGAUAAUGAAGACGACGACAUUUCGAGCGAAAGUGCGGAAGGCGGAGAAUCCGCGGAACAAAGUGGCCCGCUUGGAUCUCCUCAGCAUUCUGAUAUGGAACAAGAUGGCGAGGAAGACGAGGACGAAGAUGAAGACUCUCUCGACUUUGGCUUCCUAUCAGUCUCGUAA